GCGGAGGCGGCGCGGCACGCCGAGGAGCUGCUGGCGGAGGUCGAGGCGGAGAAGCGCGGCAAGGGCAAGAAGAGCAAGAAGAAGAAGAAGGGCGGCGGCAGCGGCGGCGCUGAGCCGUCGCAGGAGCCCGAGGCAGCUGUGGAGGGUGCAGAGGCGCCAUCAGAGGGUGCCGAGGUGCUGUCGGAGACAGCCGCAGCCGAGGCCGCAAAGAAGGCCGAGGAGGCGAGAUUGAUCAGGCUUCUCGAAAGUUGUCACGAGGAGAGGAUCCGGCUCGGCAUCACGGCGGAAAGCCAGGCAGCGGCUUUAGCUGAGAUGGUCGAGGCGGAGCGCUUGGCCGAGGAGGCGGAGGAAGAGGAGGAGGAGGCAGAGGCGGAGGAGGAGGAGGCCGCGGCCGAGGAGGAAGCCGCGGCCGCGGCACUUGCGGCAGCUGAGGCGGCGAUGGCCGCCGCAAAGGCGAGGCGCGCGGCCGCUGCGAGGGCCAAGGCGGCCGCUGCAAGGAAGGCGGCGGCCGCGGCCCAGCGCUCAUAG